AUGUCGGAUGCUACCCCCGCACAGGACACGCCAAAACAAGAGGAAGACUCACGUAAAGUAAAUCUUGUGUCGAUGGAUGGAGACAGUUUUGAGGUAUCGCGUAGUGUUGCGGCCAUGAGUGAGCUUGUCAAGACACUCAUUUCCGAUGAUGCAGAUGAUGAUGAAGUACAAGAGAUUCCACUACCAAAUGUCAAGAGUCCAGUGUUAUCGAAAGUGAUUGAAUUUUGCAGUCACCAUAACAAUAAUCCAAUGCGUGAGAUUGAAAAGCCACUCAAGAGCGCUGACAUGCACGACGUUGUGUCGGACUGGGACGCUAAUUUUGUCGACAUUGAGCAAGAGAUUCUCUUUGAGCUCAUUCUUGCAGCGAAUUACAUGGACAUUAAGAGUUUGCUGGAUUUAGCUUGUGCUAAGGUUGCAAGCAUGAUUAAAGGCAAGACCCCACAAGAGAUUCGUGACACGUUUAACAUUGUGAACGAUUUUACGCCUGAAGAAGAGGCGCAAAUUCGCGAAGAGAACAAGUGGUGUGAGGAGGCGUAA